AACAAUUUUACAAAUAUCAAUAAAAACGAAUGUGAUGUAUUUAACUAAUAAAUACAAUUAAUUAUAUAUUUAAUUCUAUCAUUUAAAUUGUAUGUAAAAGGAAAAUGUCUUACCACUCUGACGAGAAUGAGUUUCUCAGAGCCCUAGGGGUACCUUCGGAUGGCCUGCAAAAAGAAUUUUCAAAUCCAGUCGUAUGUAAAAAAAAGAAGACAACAACGUCAUACGACCGUUACAUGAAAAUGUAUCGAAGGAUUCGCAUAGAAAUGUUGAGUAGACCUAUGUGUCGGAAAUUGCGACCAUGGCCCAAUCCAAAACUCGAGGGGCCUUUUGAGAUUUCUCGUGCAGCUCUUAAAGCUAAACUUACAGAUAGAUUGGAAUAUUUAGCAAUACCAAAACAAGAAAGCGAUAGUUGGAAAAGCUAUUACUUGCCAACUGUGUCACGAGGGAACAAAAUAAAAACAAUUAGUGAUCGAUUAAUCACACUGUCCAAUCCAAAACCGUGCAUUGACGAUAUGGAUGAAAACAUUGUAUCGACACGUUUUAAAAGCAAAAAUGAAUGGCUCGCUUAUAUGAAAAAACUCAAAAUAUUUGGUGCACCCAGACGGACACCGCCAAGCCCCUUGCAGCCAAAAAGAAAGAAAAAACCAUUAGAAACAAUGACACGUCUUGAACCAUUGUCCCAACCCGUCAAUCGUCCCCUGAACAUGAAUGAAAAGACAUAUGAAGAAUUAUACACGAUUAAAAGUGCAGUUUUGAAAUAUAACGCCAGUGAUAGAACUAAAAAUCUGGCUGUUGCUAAGCAAUUAAAUGAAGAGACUUUGAUGGAUAUAAAUUACAAUCCACUAGAUAAACUUAUCAACGCGAAAAAAUACAUUGCUACGGAUAGGAUCAAAGAACUGUCGACACCAAAAGUCAGGGAAACUCCAAAAACGUUUGAUGUUAAAGCGGACGCAUUUUCAGUCAAUCCCAAUGCAUUAAAAGCUUGGUGUUCGCCGAGAAUAAAACGAUUGGCCAAACCGAUCAUAAGAGAUUAAAAACCAAACAACCAUACGAAUAUACAGCCAAUGUUUUUUCCUACUAUCUAAAAUAAUAAAUUACACACACACACAAGACUUUGUUGGUGUAGUACAAUAUAUUAUAUUUAUAUUGUCUUGCAAACGUAUUGCAACAAUCCGUAAAAUAAUGUUUUAAAAGUACAUACAGGUUGUAACAGAAAUAGUUGAUAACUGCAGUCAAAUAAUUAUUAUAUGUACUCGAUAACUUUUAAACUUAGCAAUUUAAAUUUUUUUAUAAUUUAGAAACAUUAUGAAUUCCUAUUAAUAAUUAUAUUUAAAAAUAAAAAUAAAUUAAUAAAAACAAAAGUGAUUACUCAGUUAGUAAAUUACAGUACAUAUAUGUUACUUCUCACACCCUGUACACACAUGGGUUAAAAAUGUAGUUAUUGCCUGAUUAUUGAUACCCGAU